AGCACUCUUCCAUUGCCAUCCUGGAAAGUAGUUUUCGGCCAGAUAAUAUUUUACUUUAUCGUGGAGGAUUUUGUUUUCUACUGGGGGCAUAGAAUUUUGCACACCAAAUGGCUGUACCAGAAUGUGCACAGCGUUCAUCACGAAUAUGCUACCCCUUUUGGACUAACAUCAGAAUAUGCUCACCCUGCUGAGAUCCUGUUCCUUGGAUUUGCUACCAUUGUCGGUCCUGCUCUUACCGGCCCCCAUCUAAUGACUCUGUGGCUAUGGAUGGUUCUUAGAGUGCUCGAGACAGUCGAGGCUCAUUGUGGCUAUCAUUUUCCGUGGAGCCCUUCAAACUUCAUACCUUUAUAUGGGGGUGCUUACUUCCAUGAUUAUCAUCACCGUCUGCUUUUCACAAAAUCUGGCAACUACUCGUCGACAUUCACUUACAUGGACUGGAUAUUUGGAACGGACAAGGGUUUUAGAAAUUUGGAAGCUAUAAAAAAGGCAGAAAGUUGAUGAGCUGAGGAAAAAGUCGUCGGGUCGAGUCGAGUCGGGUACAUUCGAGAUAGGUUUCUGAUGAAUAGGCACAUUUGAAAAGGUUUAGUUCAUAUCACCCUUUCUUGUGUGCCAUGAUGUGUUUUAUGUCU